CAGCUCUUAUCUUGUAACAGCAGCCUGUCCCCUCCCCUUGGAGAGACAGACAGAGGCAGAGAGAGCUCUCCUGUAUCAGCCACAAUUCGCACAGCACGCGGACACCAUGGGGAACUGCAUCAUCAUUGUGUCCAGCCACCUGGAACUGAACAUGAGCAGCUACAGCUUUGAGGACAUGAUGGUGAAUUACUCCUAUGACUCUGAACUGACUUAUGACACCCUGGCCUCUGCGCCCUGCCACAGUGGCUACUGUUCAUUCUUUCGCAGUUAUGCCUUCAACUUCCUGGCUGUAGUCUGUGCCUUAGGUCUGCUGAGUAACCUGGCCCUGGUGGUGGCCUUGGCCAACUGCCAGAGUCUUUGGAGCUGGCCCCCUGGCAGAGCCUCCCUGUUCCAGCUGACGCUUGGCAGCACCAUCUUCACAGCCACGCUGCCAUUUUUUGCUGCCGGCAUCAGCCAAGGAUGGGUCGUUGGUGACGGGCUCUGCAAGGUGGCAUACAUGCUGUGGCAUGGGAGCCUCUUCGCUGAAGGGCUGCUGGUGGCUGCCGGCGCAUGCAGUGCCAUGUGGGGCAAAUGGGUUCCCAGCCGGCACCACUGGUGCAUGGCCGUGGCUCUCUGGGUGGCAGCUGUCCUCCUGGCAGUGCCAGCUGCCUUGCUGAGUGGAACGGAGGGGCACCCGCAGUUGCUCUGUAUCAUGAGGGACAGUGCCUGGUGGCACCUGGCCCACGUCACAUCCUGCCUGGCUGUUUUCAUGCUGCUCCCUGCCGCACUGGGCGUGGCCAAGGCAAUGCUGACAUGGCGCAGGAGUGGCUGGCACCUGCGGGUUGGGGUGACGUGUCUGUUCUUCCUUCUCUGGGUGCCGUACGGGACAGCCCUGCUCCUGGACUUACUGGUGAGGAGGCAGCUUCUCUACACCAGCUGCCAUUUCCAGGAGUUUCUUGACUUCUUCCUGGGGCUGUCAGAGGGCCUCGGCAUUCUGCACUGCUGCCUCGGGCCCCUGCUGCUUCUUGGGGCAGGGCUGUAUCACCAAAGGAUGCAUGCUGACCCAGGCCCCCCCGAGUGCCAGCACAGCAUGUGCCAGGGCUCAGUAUUGCCGACCCCAAAUGUUCCAAAAACUCGAGUCAGGCUCACCAAAAAUCAUGAGACUGGCUUUAAAAUCCUGCGAUUCUUUAAAAAUAAUAUUGGGGCACGUUUUAUUUGCCUUCUGCUUUUCGAGCCUUUAGUGCUGCUUUCUCUAGAGCCACGAGGGCCAGAAACGGACUUUUUCUUUAAGAAUAAAGGCUGAAGUCACCACAUCUCCACUUGGCUCCAGGAGCUGGGGCUUUCAGGAAAACAAUAAUUAUCAUGCAUGAGACUCAUGACAAACUCAUGAGAGUUGGCAACACAGGGGGCAGGGCUGCCCGGGUACCCUCCAGCUCAUGCUCUGCAUGGCCAUGUAGGCACCCAUGCUGAAGUGCCUGAGCUCGACUUGCCAUUCCUGGCACUUUGUGUCAUCAUUUCCACCCAGGCAGAGCGGCUGCAUCCCACUUCCCACCAGUGGAAAUGACAACACAAGGUGCCGGGGGGCAAGGGGGAAGUCAGACCCCCAUCUCUCUGCCCCGAGGCUGUGGAAGCAGCAUUCACAGCCAUGGGACUGAGUUGACCAAGCUCCCUUGUUCACCUGAGCUUCCUGUCACCAACUGAAGCAGGAGAAGGUGGGUGAGGUAUCAUCUUUAAUUGGACCAACUUCUGCUGGUGAGAGAGACAAGCUCUUGAGCUGCACGGAGCUCUGAGAACCUGUCCCAGACCUGGACUCUGCAGCUCGAAAGCUUGGCUCUCACCGACAGAUGUUGGUCCAGUCAAAGAUGUUACCUGACCCACCUUGUCUCUGUCAUAUCCUGAGACCAACAUGGCUGCAGCAACCUGCAGGCGAUGGACGGGACCUCUUCACUGCAGAGUUAACUCAAGUUAUAACAGGAGCGCUGCCUCUUGCUCCCCUCCCAUCUUCACACAAACCCCUCACUCGAGUGUGCUGCUUUUAACUGGAGCUGGCUGGGCCAUCGUGGGUACAGGCGACAGCUUGGGCAAACACAACUUGUCAGCAGCUAACACAACCACUCUAGUGUGGAUGAAGGCCAGCUCCACUUGAGUGCUACUAGUCCUCCAGCACCUUCCUACAAUUCCCCUGUGGGCCCAGCAAGGACAGACAAGUUCUCCCCUAGUUCACUGGGAAAGAAUCCACAGAGCGGCAGCUCACAGCAGCGCUAAGAACCAGGGGAUGUGCCCCCAGGAGCCAUAGCGCCUCACAGGAGCACCAAUGUAGACACAGCAGCUGGAGGGUUACUGCACAGUGGGGCUGCUCUCUCAUGAGCUGGGCUGACUCGAGAGGAGUCACCGGAGCAUAGGGAGCUCGAGUUAACUGUGCCCUGAAGACAAACCCUGAAUCUCAACCUGUCCAAAACAGAGCACUUAAUCUGUCCCCCAAGCUCUCCGAGCACCCUGCUCUCUUGGUCCCCUGCCAUCACCAUCACGCCCGUAACCUGGGCAUUGCCUUUAACUCGUCCCUCUCUCUAGACAUCCAUGCUGUGUCUAGAUCAUAUCCCUCCUUCCAGCCAGGCAUGUCUAAGACCCAGCCUGUCCUUUGGCCACACAGCUGUGUCUCUGGCCCAGGCCUUCAUCAUCUCUCACCUUCAUGACCACAUCCUUCUCCUCCUCUCUGGCCUUGACAAGCCUCAUCUUCCCCCUUAAACCCUUUCAAAAAACUACUGACAGAUCAUUGCCUGGCUCAUUGCGCUCAGCAGGUCACCCUCCUGUGCCUCCCUAUGCUGGCCCCACCUCCUCCACGGCACUGAACACAAACGACACAUCAGCCCUUCCCAGCUAUGGCCUGCCCAACUAACUCUCAUCUUUUAGAUGGCACUGAGCCAUCGCCCUUCCCCCCUGGUAAUGAUGCAGCCUUCAGCACCCAUCAGUCAGCUCAUCCCAGAAGCACCUUCUCACUCCCUCCCCCACCUGCCCUUAUGCCGGGGACAAGCAAAACCACGAUGUUCUCGGCCUUAAACUGCUCCAAGCCCCACCUAGGUCUGCUGCCUAGGAAAGGCUGGACGGUGGCUGGGCGGCUGCUGGGCUGUGACUGCUGCACAGUCCCUGUUCGCUGUGCUCCCAGAGCUGUCUGUGUAACCUCUGUGAUGCUCUGUACCUCGGGGGAACAUCCAGCAUCCCCAUGUUCACCCUUAUAAUAUGAUUGUGAGGUAUCCAAUGCAAAGUUUGUCAUGUCAGGUGUCUUCGGAAGGCUCACGAUGUACUGAGCAUUGAUGUUAUAGUAAUUAAUGUUAUAGUAAUGUUAUAGGUUGUAAUUUCAUGUUUAUAGUUUUGAGGCUGAAAAUGUAUCCUCACGGCUUAAAGCAAGCCCAGGGAAAAACUCUCCAAGACCAGAGGGGCAGUUCACACCUCAUCAAGGCAUGUAUGGGACAAACCCAGCCCAGCCUCACAGGAACAAAGGACGUUGGCCUAGGCAGCAACAAAAGGAUCUGUUGGACUCUCAAGUGAGUCACCCCCCUUCCUUUGGUCAGUUUGGGACUGUGAUGAGGUAAUGCUCACCUGACUCUGAAGGGGGGGGGGGGCAAAGCCAAGUGGGAAGAAAGAACAUGAUAAAAGGGAGAGACAUUUGCUAUGCUCUCUCUCUCUUCCACCUACACCUACAGACACCACCACCACCCAGCGACUGAAGCGCUGAUCAAAGGGAAGAGCCUGGCUGAAGGGCAACUAGCCAGCCUGUGGUGAAAAGCAUUUAAGUUUGUAAGGGCCCUGAAAGUGUUCAAAUCAGCUUAGAAUGAGUUUUGCUUUUAUUUCCUUUGACCAAAUCUGACUUGUUAUGCUUUGACUUAUAAUCACUUAAAAUCUAUCUUUAUAGUUAAUAAAUCUGUUUGUUUAUCCUA